GAUCGUCAUCUCAUAGCAGUUACAUAUAACAUAUCACAACAAACAAAGCGUUUUACUGAGAGAAUGAUGGAGAGUUAUUUGAAUGAGAAUUUCGGAGGAGUCAAAUCCAAGAACUCCUCUCAGGAAGCACUUCAGAGAUGGAGGAAGCUCUGUGGGGUUGUGAAAAACCCCAAAAGGCGAUUUCGUUUCACUGCAAAUCUCAACAAGAGGACCGAAGCUGCUGCUAUGCGUCGAUCCAAUCAGGAGAAGCUGAGGGUUGCAGUUUUGGUUUCCAAAGCAGCGUUGCAAUUUAUCCAAGGCUCACAACCAAGCGAAUACAAAGUGCCGGAGGAUGUCAAAGCUGCAGGAUUUCAAAUCUGUGGUGAUGAAUUGGGGUCUAUAGUUGAAAACCAUGAUGUAAAGAAGUUCAAAUUCCAUGGUGGGGUUAAUGGCGUUGCAAAAAAGCUUUCUACAUCAGUCACUGAGGGGAUUAGUAGUGAUGCUGAUAUACUGAACAGGAGACAGCUGAUAUAUGGAAUCAAUAAGUUUACUGAAAUCGAAGCUAAGAGUUUUUGGGUUUUUGUCUGGGAAGCACUUCAAGACAUGACUCUGAUGAUACUUGGAGUGUGUGCUUUAGUGUCUCUGAUAGUUGGCAUUGCAACUGAAGGAUGGCCCAAAGGGUCUCAUGAUGGUCUUGGCAUUGUUGCAAGUAUUUUACUGGUUGUCUUUGUUACAGCAACAAGUGAUUAUCGCCAAUCGUUACAAUUCAAGGAUUUAGACAAGGAGAAGAAGAAAAUUUCCAUUCAGGUCACCAGAAAUGCAUAUAGGCAGAAAAUGUCAAUAUAUGAAUUACUUCCUGGUGAUAUUGUGCACCUUGCCAUUGGUGACCAAGUCCCUGCUGAUGGACUAUUUGUUUCAGGAUUUUCUGUGUUGAUUGAUGAGUCAAGUUUAACAGGAGAGAGUGAACCAGUGGUGGUGAAUUCGGAAAAUCCAUUUCUUCUCUCUGGAACCAAGGUCCAAGAUGGAUCAUGCAAGAUGUUGAUUACAACUGUUGGAAUGAGGACUCAAUGGGGCAAGUUGAUGGCUACUCUCACUGAAGGCGGGGAUGAUGAAACCCCAUUACAGGUGAAAUUGAAUGGAGUGGCAACCAUUAUUGGGAAGAUAGGCCUAUUCUUUGCAAUUGUUACUUUUGCAGUUCUGGUGCAAGGACUUGUGAGCCAUAAACUCCAACAAGAUAGCUUUUGGAGCUGGACUGGGGAUGACGCGUUGGAGAUGUUGGAGUACUUUGCGAUUGCAGUUACCAUCGUUGUUGUAGCUGUUCCAGAAGGGUUGCCAUUAGCUGUGACUCUGAGCCUUGCAUUUGCUAUGAAGAAGAUGAUGAAUGACAAAGCCCUCGUCCGACAUUUGGCAGCUUGUGAGACCAUGGGAUCAGCCACAACUAUAUGCAGUGACAAGACUGGAACACUAACAACCAAUCACAUGACUGUUGUGAAAACAUGCAUUUGCAUGAAUAGCCAGGAAGUGAGCAAUAAGCCUUCUAGUUUGUGCUCUGAACUCCCUGAAUCUGUUGUGAAGCUUCUGCAACAGUCAAUAUUUAAUAACACAGGAGGAGAAGUUGUGAUUAACAAAGAUGGGAAACGAGAGAUUUUAGGGACUCCAACCGAGACUGCAAUAUUGGAGUUUGGCUUGUCAUUAGGGGGUGAUUUUCAAGGAGAGAGACAAGCAUGUAACCUUGUGAAAGUUGAGCCAUUCAACUCUACUAAGAAAAGAAUGAGUGUAGCGGUGGAGCUUCCUGGUGGAGGUUUACGAGCUCACUGUAAAGGAGCUUCUGAAAUAGUUCUGGCUGCAUGUGACAAAGUGCUCAACUCAAACGGUGAGGUUGUCCCCCUUGAUGAAGAAUCAAUUAACCAUCUUAACUCUACAAUUAACCAGUUUGCUAGUGAGGCACUUAGAACUCUAUGCCUUGCCUAUAUGGAGUUGGAAAAUGGGUUCUCUGCUGAAGACCCCAUUCCUCUUUCUGGAUUCACUUGCAUUGGAGUUGUUGGCAUCAAAGAUCCUGUUCGUCCCGGUGUUAAGGAGUCUGUAGCAGUGUGUCGUUCAGCUGGAAUAACAGUAAGAAUGGUUACAGGUGACAAUAUUAAUACCGCAAAGGCUAUAGCUAGGGAAUGUGGGAUUUUAACAGAUGAUGGCAUAGCCAUUGAAGGUCCAGAGUUUAGAGAGAAGAGUCUGGAAGAGUUGCUUGAACUGAUCCCCAAAAUUCAGGUUAUGGCUCGAUCCUCACCUUUAGACAAACAUACAUUGGUGAAGCACUUGCGUACCACGUUUGGGGAAGUUGUAGCUGUAACUGGUGAUGGAACAAAUGAUGCCCCAGCCCUGCAUGAAGCAGAUAUUGGACUUGCAAUGGGCAUUGCUGGAACUGAGGUUGCAAAAGAAAGUGCAGAUGUCAUAAUAUUGGAUGAUAACUUCUCCACAAUAGUAACAGUGGCCAAAUGGGGACGUUCAGUUUACAUAAAUAUUCAGAAAUUCGUGCAGUUCCAGCUGACAGUUAAUGUGGUUGCACUGAUAGUGAACUUCACAUCAGCCUGCUUAACAGGAACUGCACCUCUCACAGCUGUUCAACUUUUAUGGGUUAACAUGAUAAUGGACACCCUGGGAGCACUUGCUCUUGCAACUGAACCUCCAAAAGAUGAUUUAAUGAAGCGUUCACCUGUUGGAAGGAAAGGGAAUUUCAUCAGCAAUGUCAUGUGGAGGAAUAUCUUAGGACAAUCCCUGUAUCAGUUUACGGUGAUAUGGUUUCUUCAGGCAAAAGGAAAAUCAUUCUUUGCACUUAGUGGCCCUGAUUCGGAUCUGGUCUUAAACACACUUAUUUUCAACACAUUUGUAUUCUGUCAGGUUUUCAAUGAGAUAAACUCACGUGAGAUGGAGAAAAUUAAUGUUCUCAAUGGAAUAUUGGAAAACUACGUUUUCGUGGCUGUCCUCAGUGCUACUGCUUUAUUCCAGAUCAUAAUAGUUGAAUACAUGGGAACCUUUGCAAACACAACACCUCUCACUCUGGUACAGUGGUUCUUUUGUUUAGUUGUUGGAUUUUUGGGUAUGCCUAUUGCUGCUGGCAUAAAGAUGAUCCCUGUCUGAGGCCCUUGAAUGGACAACUCUUCAUCAAACAACAUUGAAGAUUUGUUAGUUAGUUACAGCAGUGCAUAGAGACCCCUUAUUCUUGUACAUUCACAAACUUGUCUGGUAUUGCUUGAGGCUUUUUGGGUAAAAUCAGAAGUGGAGCAGCGAAGUAGAGCUAUGGAGACUUGUGGCAGUUAUCCAUGAGCUACUAACAAACCACUAGUUAACCAUUUUAUUUAAUAUCUUUUUUUAUUAUGUUGACUCGUUGUCUAUAAACAACUUUAAGCAAUUAACUAGCCUUUUUCAAUUUAUUGCAAUUUGUAUGAAUGAAUUUCAUUUGUUUCA